ACACUCAGCCCGUAUAACACACUUUCUAACAUUCUACACAGCCUUCUCACCCAAAAACAGAGUAUCCUCACUGAGUCUCUCAGCCUCACUAACUCUUACCCUCACUAACUCUCACUCACCCAUAACUCCUACACCACAUUGCCUCUCACUCUCACUCAUCACACUGCCUCUCUCACUGCUCUUCCCUCUCAACAAAUUGAUAUCUCAGGUUCACAAUGCCUGAAAUUGAUAUAAUCCUAUACCACGGUGGUCCGCUUAAGAAUGUCAAUGCUAACAAGGGAUUGCCAUUUGAAGGGCCGGGUAUAAAGACCUAUUAUACCCAAAUUGAUCGUAGGUUGAAGACCCUUGACGAAUUGAAGAAGAUUAUCAUGGAAGAGUUGUGUGAGAAUCCUGCUAUACACAACAUACAAAUUACUUAUCGUAUGCCAAACGAAAUCUUGAAGCAUCGGAUUAAUUACAAGUAUAUGGUGAUAGAAACAGACAAACAUGUAAAGAUCAUGUUUGACAAGUUGGAAAGAAUAGGUGAAGUAACUAACAUUGAGUUGUACAUACAAUUGGAGCCACGUGCAGUUUGGGAAGAGGAUAUCCAACAAACGACUACAAGCUUACAGGUUAUGGUUCCAGAUGCUCAAUAUGAGUAUUCUACACAUGUAGAGGAUGAUUAUGUUCAUGCCGAUGGUGAUGUUCAUGUUGAUGGUGAUGAUGAUGAUGAUGAUGAUGAUGAUGAUGAUGAUGACUAUGUUGAUGAGACUACUGCCAUUAACAAUGAUGAUGACGAUGAUGAUGACGACUAUGUUGAUGAGAAUAUUGCCAUUAAUGGUGAAGAUUUUGUAGAUAGAGAUGAGUAUGAAGACACGAUUGGCAGAGACCUUGGGGACUUUGAGAGGGACAUUGAUGACGAUCAGACAUUGGAUGGUAGUGAACCUUAUGUAGACAAUGUCAUUAGUGUCCAAAACAUUACGAAUACAAUCCCUGCCUACGCACCUCCUGCAUUGUCAUUCUCUGCAAAUACUUGGGAACAUAUGGUUGAUCCUUCACAUAUUGAUAUGCCAUUUGUGUCUACUUGGAAAGAGGGGAUGAAUUUGUGCAAAGGGUUGACUUUUGCCAAUAAAGAGGAGGUGAAGCACGUAUUAACAAUUUGUGCCCUCAAGGAAAACAAACAUUUUACGAUCAUUAGGUCGACGACGAAAAAACUUUGUGCAAAAUGCGUGCAUGAGUCAUGCAAGUGGUAUGUCUGCGCAGUUAUGAAGCCCGAUCUCCACAAACUAUGGAUGGUCACCGUGUAUGUGGGUCCUCACACGUGUAUAGUGACUGGGGUGCGAAAUGAUGGUAGAAUGAUGAGUUGUAAUUUUAUUGCAUCAGACAUCCAUAAGAAGUUAUGUGAGGAUCACACUACCCCAGUUAAGCAUCUCAGAUCCAUGAUAGAGACGAAAUAUAGUGGGCAGAAGCCUUCUUACUACAAGGACCCGACUACCCAAGUGUUCUAUCGUAUCACAUCCACCGAUGAAGAUGACGCCGUAUUGUUGCAUUAUGUGUUUUGGUCUUUCGGUCCAUGCAUAUCAGGAUUCAAAUACUGCAAGCCGGUUAUCAGUAUUGAUGGGACCCAUCUGUAUGGUAAAUAUCAGGGAAAGUUGUUGGUCGCAAUGGCAACUGACGCUAACAACAAGGUAUUCCCUCUCGCGUUUGCUGUUGUGGAUUGUGAGUCAGGGUCCAGUUAG